GUUCGAGUCCCCACCCGACAAAAACCACAGCAUCAUUAGACACAUACCGUAAAUAAAAAAUAAAAAAGUCUGCUCAAAGUAUAAGUAAUGUUACAAAAUGACCAAACUUCAAAUGAAAACGUGAAAAAGUACUAAGCGUUGCGAUAGGAGAGCUGAAGGGCUUUAUCAGGGGUACAUCCUGUGGGAUCUCUGGACGGCGUCAGGACCAGCAGCAGGUACAGCAGUAUGAGACAGCCAGCAGCCGAGACCAACCCGGCGACACAUCUCAAGAUGGGUGAAAGAAAACACUCCGGGUCGUACGAGGUCUCCGAUGGGCCGCCCGUGGUAAUGCAGAGCGGCUGGUGCGGGACGCGGUUCAUGGUGUUUAUGACCAUGAUAUGCAGCUUCAUCAUAUACAUCAUCGGCUCCAUCAUUACCGGCUUCGGCUACCGCAGCGAGAGUUACUAUGUCAACUGCACCAAUGACAAAUACCAGUCCGUGAAGAUGAUUGGCUACCACACUCCCAUGGUGGUGGUGGGCCCCUGCCUCAUGUCUGCCGGGGGGUCCAUUCUGCUUUACCUGCUGCUUCAGUGGUUCCUGUGUCGCCCGUCCCUCAAGUAACACUCUGGCUUGGGGGAAGAAGACCGUCAAGAUCUCUGAAUCACCCAGAUGAAGGAAGCUCCCUGCUGGCACUCGGUUGUCUUUACGAAUUUUCACUUCGAAAUUUCUGGGCACUCAUUGGUAUUUGAAAUCCUUGCCAGUGUCUGGAAGGUACUAUGCACUAUAUCUUUGCAUAGCUUUAUGAAUGAAAAGAAUACAAUAAAGAGGAAAUAGUAAAGUGAACCUUG